UGUGAAGGACUUGCUUCAGGAACUGGCAUUUAAUCAGUGUUGUUGAACAUUGAACAGUUUCCACUGUGAACUCAGUAAAAUGAUACAAAUGCCUUUUGUCAGUUUUAAAGGGCCAUGAAAAUACGCUGAUGUUGGUUUAAUAUAUUAUUAUCCAUUUCUCUUAAUGUACUGGCAGUCUGUGAAACAUUUGAGAAACUCUUGAUCAGAGUUUGGAGAUUGGAAAACCCACUGAGAUGGGCAGUCACUUCCCAUUUUCACUGAUUGGCAAACAAGGACGUUGGGGCAGGAUGUGAGGAGGAGACUGACUGGAGUCAGGGGAAAGCAGUGGGGAUACCUCACUGACAGCUCUCAUGGGGACAGGCAGUUUCCUUUAACAUGGCUGGAACAAAGGCACUUUUGAUGCUGGAAAACUUCAUAGAUGGAAAAUUUGUGCCUUGUAACUCAUAUAUAGAUUCUUAUGAUCCAUCUACAGGGGAAGUGUACUGCAGAGUGCCAGAUAGUGGAAAAGAAGAGAUCGAAGCGGCGGUGGAGGCGGCCAAGGCAGCCUUUCCCGGCUGGGCGUCCCGCAGCCCCCAGGAGCGCUCGCAGGUGCUGCGGCGGCUGGCCGACCUGCUGGAGGGGUCCCUGGAGGAGUUCGCCCAGGCGGAAUCUAAAGACCAAGGGAAAACCAUUACGCUGGCAAGAACCAUGGACAUCCCCCGGGCUGUACAGAACUUCCGGUUCUUUGCCUCCUCCAUCCUGCACCACACGUCGGAGUGCACACAGAUGGACCCCCUGGGCUGUCUGCAUUACACUGUGCGGGCCCCUGUGGGCAUUGCUGGUCUAAUCAGUCCCUGGAAUUUGCCACUCUACUUGCUGACCUGGAAGAUAGCUCCAGCGAUAGCCGCUGGCAACACUGUGAUAGCCAAGCCCAGCGAGCUGACUUCAGUGACCGCGUGGAUGAUGUGCAAACUCCUGGAGAGAGCAGGUGUUCCACCAGGUGUGGUGAAUAUUGUGUUCGGAACGGGGCCCAGGGCAGGCGAGGCCCUGGCAUCCCAUCCAGAGGUGCCCCUCAUCUCCUUCACUGGGAGCCAGCCCACGGCCGAGCGGAUCACACAGCUGAGUGCUCCCCACUGCAAGAAGCUCUCCCUGGAGCUGGGGGGCAAGAAUCCUGCCAUCAUCUUUGAGGAUGCCGACCUGGAGGAGUGUGUGCCAAUGACCGUCAGGUCCAGCUUUGCCAACCAGGGUGAGAUCUGCCUCUGUACCAGCAGGAUCUUUGUUCAGAAGAGCAUCUAUAGUGAGUUUUUAAAGAAGUUUGUAGAAGCUACCAGAAUGUGGAAAGUCGGCAUUCCCUCUGAUCCAUUGGCCAGCAUGGGAGCUCUGAUAAGUAAAGCUCAUUUGGAGAAAGUCAGAAGUUACAUCAAGAAAGCUCGAACUGAAGGGGCUCAAAUUCUGUGUGGUGAGGGGGUGGAUAAGUUAAAUCUUCCCCUCAGGAAUCAGGCAGGCUACUUUAUGCUUCCCACAGUGAUAACAGAUAUUAAGGAUGAAUCUUGUUGCAUGAAGGAAGAGAUAUUUGGUCCGGUGACGUGUGUUGUCCCCUUUGAUAGUGAAGAGGAAGUGAUUCAAAGAGCCAACAGUGUUAAAUACGGGCUGGCAGCCACAGUGUGGUCAAGCAGCGUGGGCCGUGUUCACCGGGUGGCUAAGAAGUUGCAGUCAGGCUUGGUCUGGACCAACUGCUGGCUUAUUAGAGAGCUGAACCUUCCUUUCGGGGGGAUGAAGAGUUCUGGGGUAGGUAGGGAAGGAGCCAAGGACUCUUACAGGUUCUUCACUGAAAUCAAAACCAUCACUGUUAAGCACUGACCUUGGCUGAAGGAGAAGCUGUUGUGGUCGCUGUCCAGCUGCAGAGAAUUGGUCGUCCAAAGUAGUGAACAGAAAUCCUGGCAUAAUUUCCAGCCACAUCUUGACUCAGCUGAAGGUUAUCUCUAGCUUAUCCUCAGUAGUUCGUACUUUCACCUGCUGUGGAAGAGAUUCUAUUUAAAAUGUGGAAUCAAGGAAGAGAGGACUUGUGAAAAGGAAGGCACAAAGGAAGCAGGAUAAUGAUCAGGUUCCAACUAUGUUGUGUCUUCAUAGUAUGUUGUUUUUUUCAUCAUUGUGAUUGAAUUCAGAGAUACUUUGUUUUUUUAAUUUGUGAGUUUAUAGAAAAAAAAUAUCUACAAAGCCAAAGAGGAACAAAUAAUCAUAGUUUCUUUCCUUUGGUGGGUUGUUGAGAUGGCUUUCCCAUUACCAGCCACUAGCAUGGCUAAUUGGUAAUUAAUUGUACCUCAUUUGUAAGAGGGCCAUAAAUGCUAUGGACAAACAUAAUAUGGAAUUUGUCGUGAGAAGGCAUAACUUGAUCAGUUAACUAAAUGUAUCUGUAUAAGGACAAAGAAAAAUAAAAUAACUACUACUGGAGGAAACUUGGAACAAGAAGAGGAAAUAGUUUGAUCCAUUCCUAUUGUGGAAUCUAAGCAAUUCAAAUUUUUAGUGUAUGUUUCCCAGCAGGUGUACAAUUUCCUAAUCCUGAAUGAAUAAAUGUUAAGCAGUUUUAGUAACCAG